UUUGUCUGUGAUUGCAGUCAAAAAGACAUCGGUGUAUCGGUAAAAAAAAUAACAAAAAGUCAUACAAAUGUUUCACACGACUGCGUCAAUUAUUCGAGGUGUUUCAGCAUUUGCGAAACAAACAACUAAGCGGGCAGUUCACACGACGUUUUACGCAAUGGCUCCAGUCAAGGUUGGGGACAAGUUACCGGCGGUCGAUCUGUUCGAAGAUUCGCCGGCUAAUAAAGUGAAUGUAUGCGAGCUGACGAAUGGCAAGAAAGUCGUACUUUUUGCUGUACCAGGCGCCUUCACUCCCGGAUGUUCGAAGACUCAUCUGCCGGGAUACGUGCAAAACGCUGAUAAGUUGAAGUCUGAAGGAGUCUCCGAGAUCGUUUGCGUGUCUGUGAAUGACCCCUAUGUGAUGGCUGCGUGGGGGGCACAGCAUAAUACUAAAGGAAAGGUUCGCAUGCUUGCAGACCCCAGUGGAAAUUUCAUCAAGGCGUUAGAUCUCGGCACAAAUCUGCCGCCACUUGGAGGGUUCCGUUCAAAAAGGUUUUCCAUGGUCAUCAAUGACAGUACAGUUGAGGAGCUGAAUGUUGAACCAGACGGAACUGGCCUGUCCUGUUCACUCGCUGACAAACUUAAGUUGAAGAAAUAAACUCUUCCAUAGUUUAUAAAUCUCAUAUCUCAUUUAAAAUGUGAUUCCCACGCCUAGCUUUACGCAGAUCUUAGACUAUCUAAGCACCCCCUUGUGAUAUGCUUGUAUGGAAUUUUAAAAUUAAUACUUUAAUUUUUUGAUGUUCAA